AUGGACAAUUGCUAUUAGACAGUGUUCCUUGAAGGUCUUUGCCAAAGAGAAAAUUGGGGGUUCACAUCUCUACCAAAACUUGACUAAUUGUCUCAAAUCAACAUUCAAGUAACCUUGUCUUUAAGUAGAGGAAUUAUUGCAAUAUACCAAAUGGGAUGA